UGGGAUCCCACCGAUAGAGAAUGCGGAUCGCAAUGCGGAGGUUGGUUUGCGUUCUCCCAAACUUUUGCACUCUCUUUUAUAAGGUCUUGGAGAUAAAGAGGUGGUUUGGAUAAUCCCGUUGAUUUGCCCCUCAGCCACACAGACGGACUGGGCUUUCAAGAACCGCACAAGGACGAUCGGAUCGUCUUCUACGCUCUUUUGACCACGGACACGAUAUUAGAAUUUCAACUUACCCGCAUGUCGCUCCUAACUUGAUUUCGCUUUUGGUUCACGGUCCCAAAUUCCCUUAUCACCAUCCUUGAAAACUCGCAUCUAUCAUGGAUAACUACCAUCCAGGAUUGGCAGAUGAUGCCUCGGUGAUGGCAGACCAAGACGACAACCAUAUUGGUAACAUGGGUCGCGCAUGGCCACGCCGCCAUGACGAUGAAGACGAGGGCUCCGAUAUCCUGGAGGAUGAUGACCUGGAAAGCCAGGUUGGUGGAGCAGUCUCGGGCCAUCACAAGGGCCAUGGAAACGGCGAAGAAGAGAAAGAGCUUCCCGCCCAUGCAUGCGCAUACUGUGGCAUCCAUAACCCUAGCAGUGUGGUGAAGUGUCUCUCUUGCAACAAGUGGUUCUGUAGUGCCCGAGGCAACACUUCCUCUUCGCAUAUCGUCAAUCACCUUGUGCGGGCUCGCCACAAGGAGGUACAACUUCACCCGGCCUCUUCGCUCGGUGACACUAUUCUCGAAUGCUACAAUUGCGGCACCAAGAACGUUUUUCUACUCGGUUUUAUUCCUGCCAAGUCCGAUACCGUUGUGGUCCUUCUUUGCCGACAGCCUUGUGCAGCUAUGCCAUCUUCCAAAGAUAUGAACUGGGAUACCUCUCGAUGGCAGCCACUCAUCGAAGACCGCUCCUUCUUGCCCUGGCUCGUGUCCGCCCCUACUGAUCAGGAGCAGCUACGUGCCCGCCAUCUCAGCCCGCAGUUGAUCGCAAAGCUGGAGGAAAUGUGGAAGGAGAAUUCGCAGGCGACUUUGGAGGAUUUGGAAAAAGCUACUGCCGUCGACGAUGAGCCAGCGCCUGUGUUACUGCGCUAUGACGAUGCCUUCCAGUAUCAGAACAUCUUCGGACCCCUUGUCAAGAUCGAGGCCGACUACGACCGAAAGCUCAAGGAAUCACAGUCGCAGGAUGGACUUAUUGUUCGAUGGGAUCUCGGUCUGAACAAUAAGCACCUUGCAAGCUUUGUCCUUCCCAAGCUCGAGCUUGGAGAUGUCAAACUGGCGGUCGGUGACGAAAUGCGCCUGAAGUACACUGGUGAACUGCGCUCCAAGUGGGAAGGUGUUGGAUACGUUAUGAAGAUCCCUAACAAUCAGUCUGAUGAAGUCACCAUUGAGUUGCGCUCCAAGGGCGACCACAAGUCGGUUCCUACUGAAUGCACUCACAACUUCACAGCUGACUAUGUUUGGAAGUCGACCUCGUUUGACCGUAUGCAGCUCGCUAUGAAGACCUUCGCUGUUGACGAAUUGAGCGUUUCCGGCUACAUCUUCCACCGUCUCCUCGGUCACGAGGUUGCCGCCGCCCCCAUGAAGACGCAGAUCCCGAAGAAGUUCAGUGUCCCUGGACUGCCCGAUCUGAAUGGCAGCCAGAUCAACGCCGUGAAGAGUGUCUUGCAGCGUCCCUUGAGUCUGAUUCAGGGUCCUCCAGGAACUGGUAAGACGGUCACUUCCGCUACCAUCAUCUACCACCUGGCAAAGAUCAACGGAGGCCAGGUUCUGGUGUGUGCUCCCUCCAACGUUGCGGUCGAUCAGCUCUGUGAGCGCAUUCACCGCACAGGCCUGAAGACUGUUCGUGUCACUGCCAAGUCUCGCGAAGACGUCGAAUCUCCAGUUGCCUUCCUCUCCCUACACGAGCAAGUCCGCAUGAACGAUAGCAAUAUUGAAUUAGUGAAGCUCAAUCAACUGAAGGCGGAGCUCGGUGAAUUGUCCAGUCAAGAUGAAAAGCGGCUGAAGCAACUGACUCGGGCCGCUGAGCGCGAAGUCCUGACCAAUGCCGAUGUCAUCUGCUGUACUUGCGUUGGUGCUGGUGAUCCUCGCUUGGCCAAAUUCAAGUUCCGCACUGUCUUGAUUGACGAGUCAACUCAGUCUGCAGAGCCAGAGUGUAUGAUCCCCUUGGUCCUUGGUUGCAAACAAGUGGUCCUGGUUGGCGAUCACCAGCAGCUUGGACCCGUGAUUAUGAACAAGAAGGCCGCCAAGGCUGGCUUGAACCAAUCUCUUUUCGAGCGUCUUGUCAUUCUAGGCUGCUCGCCCAUUCGCCUGAACGUCCAGUAUCGUAUGCACCCGUGUCUCUCGGACUUCCCAUCCAACAUGUUCUACGAGGGUUCGCUGCAGAACGGUAUCACCAUUCAUGACCGUCUUCGCCGCGAUGUCGACUUCCCUUGGCCCAUGAUGGAUAACCCCAUGAUGUUCUGGUCAAACCUUGGCAACGAAGAAAUUUCCGCCUCUGGAACUUCGUACCUCAACCGCACCGAGGCUACCAACGUCGAGAAGAUUGUCACUCGCUUCUUCAAGGCUGGCGUGCAGCCAAGUGGCAUUGGUAUUAUCACCCCGUACGAGGGACAGCGAAGCUACAUUGUCAGCUCCAUGCAGGCCACUGGCACCUUCAAGAAGGAACACUACAAGGAAAUCGAGGUGGCAUCCGUGGAUGCAUUCCAAGGACGAGAGAAGGAUUACAUCAUUCUCUCCUGUGUUCGUUCUAAUGACCACCAGGGUAUUGGUUUCUUGAGCGACCCACGCCGUCUCAACGUCGCUCUUACUCGUGCUCGAUUCGGUCUGGUCAUUCUUGGAAAUCCCAAGGUGCUUUCUAAGCAUCCUCUGUGGAACUGCCUGCUGCAGCACUUCAAGGAACGCCAUUGUCUCGUCGAGGGACCCUUGUCGAACCUGCAGGAGUCUCUGAUUCAGUUCAGCCGCCCCAAGCAGGCUUACCGUGGUCCUCAGCGCUUCCACAUGUCGUCAGCCUUCACCCAAGGAGGUGCCACUGCCGUCUCGGGCAACAUGAAUGCCCGCAACGGCCAGCGCAAUGAUUAUCAGGACACUGGCUCUGUUGUUGGUUACAUCCCAGACGAUGUCUCCUCGGUUCACUCCUCUGCGGUUGGUGGAGUCGGUCUUCCUUCCGGAUACCCUCCGAUGUUCCAGAAUUUUACCGAUCAGUGGCCUUCUCUUUCGGGCGGUCGGCGUGCGAAUGGUGGUCGGGCCAAGGGUGCUCCUAGCGUUGCUGGAGAGUCCAUUGCUGCUACCGAGUCCGAUGUCACCGGAAGCAUCAUUGAUGGUCGCAGUGUUGAUCAAGGUGGUGUUAGCCUUGCUGGAUUGAGCAUCAACGACAUGGGUAAGCAAACGAGUUUCAGCCACUCCGAUCGUCUGAAGCGCUAUGUGGAGUCUGGCGGCCGCGAGCCUUAUCGUGGUGGGGUCCCCGACAAUGGCAGCAUCUUUGGCGGUAGCUCGGCCAGCAUCCGCGUUACUCGCGGCGUCCCCGGACAUAACACCGUUGACGACGAUGAUGCUCGCAGCGUUUCGACCGCUUUCGCUAGCCAGGUUGGUGGCAACUAUGACUGAGUGACAUGCUUUAUCGCUACUUUAUGCUAGGGCUGGCCUCCAACAGGCUUGCCUUCUCAUCAUGUUCAUCUCGAGGAAGCAGAGUCUCGCACGAAACGUUAGAGUCCCUUCCACCAGAGUCUUACCCGUCCAUUCUUCCAUGCCGAUCAGGACGUCAGUUCGGUAAGGCCAGGCUGGCCCCGCUACUUUUCUGGGCGCUGCCACCUUACUGAAUGAUUCACUCAAGACCACCGAUAUCCUCAGUUAGUCUGAAGGGGGCAACUCUUUUUCACUCCUUUGAGGCUUUAUCGUCGCCGUGACGUUCCAUCACGUGCGGUUGUCGAUGGGUUGAGGCGACAAGCAUUGGCCUUGCAGCUCUUCUGCAUCUGGGCCUGCUGUCUGAACAUGCAAUGGCUGGGUUUCACUCACCCGCCCAGCUGGGCCCGGUAGUCAUCUAUCGGGCAGCUUUGCAAUUUUACCCUGAUCCUUCUUCAGGCUCGAUUCUUCCUAACAGUCUUUACCUAGGUAUUCACAAUGUUGUUGCCCUGAAAAAUCGAGACAUUUUAUGCUUCUGUAACCCAAACUGUAGUCCUAUAAGAUGGAGUAUGCCAUGAGCGCCCGCACGUGACUAUUCC